AUGAAGGAAGUUUCUCUCUACGGAUCCGGAGGUAAACCGUCUUGGUUCAUGGACCUCAACCCCAAAGGAGAGGUUCCUGUCCUUGUGGUUGACGGAAAACCCAUCGUAGGAUCGGAGGAAACCGUAGACUUUCUCAUGCCGGGUGAGCUCAGUCCGGAGGCCUUACGAUGGCGCUCGAUCGUGAAUGAUCGAUUGAAGUCAGCUGGCAAGCGAGCAGUUUUUUCAGGAGGCUCCGAGACGGAUCGGAAUAGCCUAAACGCCGUGCUCCAAGACCUGGAGGCAUGCCUUUCGAACGGACCGGAACGAGCGAGCGAGUUCACAGCGGCAGACGCUUCGGCCUUCCCUUUCUUGCAGCGCGUUCAUGGGGAGUUUGGUUUUCCGAGCGAGUGCAAACGGCUAGAGGCGUGGUACGCGUCGGCCAGCAGUCGACCGGGUGUUCGAAAGACGAUCAAGCAAGACUUUUGGUGGUGGUGGUAA